AUACACUAGCCAUCACUGAUCAUGGCCUUUUCCACGUCCAUCAGGGUUGGAAAACUGGUUGCGAAGCUUGAUCAAUAGACUUAGUAAGCAAGGCUUUUCAUACAUGUACAAACGACGAACAAAAUGGACUUAGAUCGGAAUGUAUACCGUUGGUCCUAGAAUGAUGGAGCUUGGUCUUGGCUCGUUCAUGAUGCAUUCACUAACAACUGGUGUAACUGAAGCUGCCCAUGAACAAGUCUUUGUCCUGAUGAUCGGUACGUAUGUCUGUAUAAAGGAAACCAACUCGAUUUGGUUGGCAUGUUGACCAGCUCUCCUGCUCAUAGGCGAUGGCUGAUCAGGAGAAAGGAGAGUAGGAAAGGUCUUCUAGGAGGCAGCUACAAAGAAGGAGCAGGCACAACGAGUGACCUCCCCCACCAACUCAUCCCGACUGAAGCGCAUGUAAGCUGCGAGUGGAAGCGCUUUUGUGGGAACACACUCUUUCUUUCUCCACAUACUUCUUUGCAUGUUUCAAUUCUCCCCACUUAUAAACGUGAACAUGAGAGCAAUCUCCUGCCCAAGAAACUAUUUGUGCAAUGAAGCAGAGCAAGGCAGCCAUGCUCACUGCCCUUCUGUUGCUGCUCAUGCUUCAAAUGGACCACUAUGCGUCUCUGUCUCUGGAGCAGAACUCUUUUGAUAUGAGAAAGGAGCUUUCAGUUGAUAAGGUGAAAGAUAUAGAUUGUGGUGAAGAAUGUACGCGUCGAUGCAGUAAGGCAGACAGGCACAACAUGUGCAUUAGAGCUUGCAAUACAUGCUGCGCAAGAUGCCAGUGUGUUCCUCCUGGAACAUCAGGAAACAGGGAUGUCUGUCCUUGCUAUGCCAAGAUGAAGACCCACGAGGGAAAGUAUAAAUGCCCAUAAAAAUUAAAAUACCAGCACAUAUAUGAGCUUUACACAGUCUGGCUACAACAGGUCAUGAAUAAAGUUGGCACAGCUUAAUGAUGGCAUUUAGCUCCUUCAUCCAGAUGGAAGAUGAUCUUUUCUGCUUGAAAAAUUAU